GAGGUGCAGAAAGAAAUGACCGUUGUGAUCCAAAAUUCAAAUGUGAAAGCUUCAACACUCUCACAGAAGUGGAGUUUGCAGCAGAAACAACAACAGCAAUCUCUGAAGAAGAAGCAAGAAGAAGAAGCCAUGAAAUUCAGAAGCGUUUUUCUGCAUUCAAAAUCCACUUCCUCCGAAGGAGAGAACCGCCACAACAACAACAACAACAACAGCUGCUACUACCCUGAUUGCAAGAAAAAUGCCAAUUGCAACUGUGAAAUCUGCUUGGCCAGCAUCAAUGCAACCCGUGAUCUCAUGCCCAUGAGCAUCCACAAAAACUCACUCACCAAGCUCUCUGUUACCAGACCCAAGAAUGUUCACUGCACUCCAAUCACCUUUGAUGCUUCAAUCCUCUCCACACCCACCACUACCAGAUCAAGUGAUUGGCCUUACCAUUACCAGAUCUCACCCACCACCACUCCUGUCAUCGAAUCCAGUUCUGGAUCAUCAGAUUCAAGCCAGAUGAUGAAAAAACGGAACAAGGGGUCACGAAAAAGGUCUUCAUCUUGUAUCAAUCUGUUAUGGUUUCUUCUUGGUUUGGGUUUCCUUUUGUCUGCAGAACUUGUUUUCUCCAGGGUAGUUUCUGGAAUUUUGCAACCUGCUUUGUCACCUGAUGUGGUGAAAAGGGUUGGUGAGAAAUGCUACCAUGUGCAAGGUUUGAAUGGGAAGUUGAGAUUCUUACAGAGAGAAUUGACAAGUUCUGUUGUUGGUGGGCAAGUUUCAAAUUGCAGCUUUAAUGAUACCUUAUGGGAAAUCAACCGGGAUGGUCUGCUAUUGAGUUCAAGGUGCACAUUGUACAAAUCUGCAAUAGAGGAGGUAACAAUCUGGGGGUGGCCUUUGCAAACAGCAGGAUUGCUGACAAAUGGGUUCUCUACUAGAACACAAACUAUCUUAUCAGGAAGAGUUACUGAGUGGAAUGGUGGACUAGUUGGGUAUUUGACUAGAAAGGCCAAUGGUUCAUGGGUGCAGCCAAAAUGGGGUGCCUCAGUAGUGCAAUUAGACCCCAAUACGUGGGUUCUUGAAUACCAAAGAAGCUCUAUUGUUGAUGGCACAAGAUUGUAUUCAGCAGUAUUGGAGUUCCUCAAAUAUAGGAAUUCAAGAGUUAUUGGCAGGCUGAAGAAAAAGUUCUGGCAAUUUGCUGCAUUUGAAGGUAGCCACUACAACAGGUUCAGAGCAAACAAUGGGCUUAAAGUCCCAACCUGAAUGGUAGAUUUUGGAGCUGACUCAUUUCUUGUGAGGAGCUCCAUUUUCUUCUGCUAAUGUUGCUCUUUAGCUUGGAUUUAUCUGUUAAAUUUUAAUCCUGGUUAUUUUGAUGUAUAUGAUUUGACCAUCCUAAUUCAUCUUUUUUCAAACUGUUGUAGUCUUAUAAAAAAAAUUACCAAUUAGGAUACCGAAGUUAUGUUGUCAAAACUAACUUUUAAAUUAGCUGAAAAAAGGCUCACAAGUUAACUAAAAGUUACUAAUAAGAAGUCAAAUUAACAAAUUUAGGAAUUCAAAGACAGUGUCAUCAGCUUCCAACAACCUUAUGUACAGAGGCAGCAUAUGGAAGACUGGUCCAGUCUACAGUUAUAACCUCAUAAGUUUUGCAAGUGGCCUUGUUCACCUUGACCUGCAAUAAUUUUAGGUAUUGAAUUUCCAGUUGAUUAUCUUUACUUUUGUUAAUAGAAAAGGCAAGUGGCUUCAAUCAUUUUUCAAAAAGGAAAAUAAAUGUGAAUCAUGAAUUGGCGAAAGAGAAGAUUAAACAGCUAGCUUCUCAGCCAUUGAUCUUUGUCCUGCAUUUAUUUUGUUUUUUAGAGUUUCCCCCUUUGUGUUUUUGUGAAAAAAUCAGUGAACCAGCGUCUUUUCGGCUUGCAUUAUUGUAUGACAAUGGAAGGUUGCUAUUGUUUUUAGUCUAUUUCAGAAUGACUACCCUACCACACGUACGCUUCAAGGAAAGGGGCUGCAAGACUAAUAGCAUGAACAACGUUGGUAACAGGCUCAUUUUGAUGGGUUUAUAAGUACUAGGAUAGAGCUCGUUUGCCUGUGCAUCGCACGGGUAAUUUUUUAC